CCAAUUAUGAUAUAUCAGCCUUCCAAGUUCCAAGUGAAAAGAUAACCACAAAAAUCAAAACAAAACAACAGAGCAAGUAGAGAGAGAAAAGUAAAAUAAAAAAGCAAUGGGGAGAUCUCCUUGUUGUGAGAAGUUGGGAUUGAAAAGAGGUCCAUGGAGCAAAGAAGAAGAUGAUUUACUCAUCAAUUACAUUAAAAAAAAUGGUCAUCCAAAUUGGCGUGCACUUCCAAAACUUGCAGGUCUAUUAAGGUGCGGAAAAAGUUGUAGACUUCGAUGGACUAAUUACUUGAGACCUGAUAUUAAGAGAGGCAAUUUUACUCCUCAAGAAGAAGAUACCAUUAUCAAAUUGCAUCAAGUUCUUGGAAACAGUUGGUCUGCUAUUGCAGCAAGAUUACCAAAAAGAACAGACAACGAAAUAAAAAACAUUUGGCAUACUCGUCUGAAGAAGAAAAUGAGUAAAUCUCAGCCUCAAGAAACCCCGGAGAUACAUUCGGAGCCUGAAAAUUUUAAUGUGGACAUACAUUUACAGGAGCCCGAGAAUUCUAAGGAUAAUAAUUCCGAAAUAUCGAGUUCUAAAACAAACACCAAGAUUCAGCAACAACCAAGUUCAUCGUCAUCAACAUCAUCAUCGAGUGAAGAUUCAUGUUCAAACACAACUGCAACGAGUUCUGACUCUAGAGAUCAAAUAAUAUGGAAUAAUUUGUUAGAAGUUGAUGACGAUAUGUGGUCCGACGUACUAUGGGCACCGGUCGAUAACAAUUAUCUUGAUUUAUCAUUAGUGGAGGAAAAUUACCAGAUUAAUUCCAGCUUUAAUGAUAGUUGGUUUUGGGAUGAUCUUUUUACAAGAUCCAAUGAGUUGAUGUUAGAAUUGCCUGAAUUAUGAGCAAAAAAAUAAAAUAAAAUGUUGAGGUUUUUUUUUUUUUU